AUGACCGCGUUGCACGCAUCCUCCAAUUAUGUCGCAGCUGAUGCCCCCCUUCAAUCCCAAGAUCUAGGAACAGACUCGUCCUACAUUCUUUCGAUUGCGCGCCUGCCUGGAAGUUAUGCUGCCUGCACCUCCGCGCCGUCAAAUAAAAUUCAUCUGCUGGACCCAUCGACUAUUCGUCCAAUCCUCAGCUUGUCCGGGCAUGACUCGGGCACGACAUCUCUACGUGUUGUGAAUGCCGUAGCAAAUAUUUCCAAACCGAGUCUUGUGUCAUCUGGUUUAGAUGGUAGCAUACAAGUCUGGGACGAAAGAACCAACACCUAUAGCAUUAAAAUGACUGAUCUCGGGCAAAGCACAGGGAUUCUAUGCUGCGAUGUUUCUGAAGACGGCAUGACGGUAGUAGGGGGUACACAACUGCAAGGUGAUGAGGCCCAGAUCAUCUACUGGGACCCUAGGCAACCUGCCGCGCCUUUACGGAGGCACACUUCCACCCAUUCGGAUAAUGUUACGGUCUUGCAAUACAGUCCUGAUACCCCCAACCUCUUGCUCUCUGCUUCUACAGACGGCCUUAUCAGUACUUCCAUCGCGACUGAGGAUGACGAAGAUGAAGCCGUCGUUCAUGUCGGGUUCUGGAAUUGCAGCGUCUCCCAAGCCGGCUGGAUCCACUCUUCAACGACAACCGGUGUCAAAAUAUGGGGGCAUAGCGAUAUGGAGACGUUUAGCACGUGGUCAGAUGAGGUUCCCUCUCAACUUGCUGUCCUCUUCAUCCUUUCUGAUUCCUUGCAGCUCGAUUUGAGGCAAAGCCAGGACAUACGUGACCCGUCCUUGCACAACCAUUCGCAAUAUGAAUGGCACACCGACUAUCUGAUCAAUUGUCAUUCGAGUAAGACCUCGCCAGAUUUGAAAGUCUUCGUGGGAUCCAAUCAAGGAGACUUCGCUUUACUUUCGAAUGGAGAUCUAUCGCAACCAGGAGCACCCUGGCGACUAAUGAACUCGUGGUCCAAUGGUCAUUCGGAUGUUGUUCGUUCUCUCUAUUGGGAUGAAAAGAACUCCGUCAUUAUCACGGGCGGCGAAGACUCCAAGAUCAAUCUUUGGAAUGCACCGUCAAGCUUUGAUUCUGCAGGGUUAGACGACGCAAUGGAGGUCGAUUCCCCGCCUCCGGACUCCCGGAAACGGGAUCGGGAAAACGAUGAUAGUCACGGAGGGAAACGUGCUCGACGAUGA